AAAGAAUGUUCCUAAAGAUGCAAAUGGUAUCAUAAAUAUAUUAAUUUAUUAUUUUGUUUCACAAUUGCAGAAUAUGCAGAGAUCUAUAUAUUUCAUUGAAUGGGACAGGGCUUUCGACAGAGACCAAACUGAAAACAUAACUCACAUAACCAAGAAGUUGUAUUCAUCUUGUGUUUGUGUUGUAUUCAUUACAUUUGAAAUUGUUUGUAAUAUUUUCCAUAAAGCUUACCCAAAGCAGUAAUUAUGGCGAAUAUGGUGCAUUGUCAGCUCUGGAUGGGCAGUUUGGAGCCCUACAUGACAGAGACAUUCAUUAUUAACUCCUUCAGAAAAAUGGGCGAAAAUCCGCUCAAUGUUAAAGUGAUGAGGAACAAGUUCACAGGAGAACCAGCUGGUUACUGUUUUGUCCACUUCGCUACUGAUGCUGAAGCAAUUGAUGCUAUGCACAAACUAAAUGGCAAGCCCAUACCUGGCACAACUCCUUCAGUUAGAUUUCGUUUAAAUAACGCUAGUAACACAGGAAGAUCUUUGCUGGAUCGUGAAUUUUCUGUCUGGGUUGGAGAUCUAAGUCCUGAUGUGGAUGAUUACAAUUUGUACAGAGUGUUUUCAACUAAAUAUAACACUAUUAAAACUGCAAAAGUAAUAAUUGACAGCAGUGGCUUUAGUCGUGGUUACGGCUUUGUCCGGUUUGGUAGUGAGGAGGAACAAAAGGACAGUCUUAUCUCAAUGAAUGGAUACAUAGGUUUAGGCACUAAAGCACUGAAAAUUUGCAAUGCUGUGCCAAAACCUAAGGGAUCUACAACUACAACUGAGACGCCAUCUACUCCCAGUUUCACAUCAACCACCACUACCAGCACAGAUUAUUCACAAUAUUAUGAUGCGACCACAGCAUAUUGGCAGAAUUACGCAACGUGGCAGAAUUAUUACAAUGAUCAGAGCAACGCCGGUGGAGAUGCUUCGCAAAUGACCGAAAACUCGCACAUGGUAGCAAAUGUACAAAUGGAGAAAAAGAUGGACAACGAUUUGGAGUUGGUUGAACACACAAUUCCUCUUGACGUCGAAAAGAUAAACAAAGAAACAAUCGAGCAGGAUGUCAGCUUUUGGGGAGCACUUGAGAGCUCAAGAUGGUUGCCAUGUGAUGUUUUAGAAGUAUCAUAGAGAAGUCUGAAAAUAACUUUUACAUUUAAGUUAACUUGACAAAUUUUCUUUGUAUGGUGACCAGAAAUAUCUUAAUAAAAUAAUUCUAAUUGAUAA